AUGGUCGCCAGCGGUGCCGCCAGCAGUGCCGCCAGCAGUGCCGCCAAAGACGCCCAAGACUCGCGCCUCUUCCAGCUGCCGGCCGAGCUGCGCAACACCAUCUACGAAUUUGUUCUAUAUUCCGAGGAUCCCGUAGUGCUUGAAGACCUCUGGGGAAGAAGUUCGCUCAGAUUUCCGGCGCUGCUUCAAGUAUGCAGGCAGGUGCGCGACGAGGCCGCUGGAAUCUGGUAUUCUUCUUCCGUCUUUCUUUGGUGUUCUCACCGGAAUCUGAUCGGCUUUGCCGCACUGAUCGAGCCAAGGCGGCUUAAUCAAGUUGCUGUCUUUCUUUCGUGA